AUCUAUGCCAAAGACCAUUAACCACGCGGAUGAUCGGAUGUAUUCGGAGUAAUUCGUUUCGAGAAGAUAAGGUGCACAUAAAUAACAAACAUAAAUACAUGUAAAUCAAUACGCGCAUAUCAUAAAUAAAACUAUAAAUACAUACAAAUUACAAAUUACAAAUAGGUACUACCAGACUACGGAUCAUCUCUGGAUCAAUCCACAAUCAAUUCAUGAAUUGACAAAUUGGCAUAUUGCAGCGGUGGGUUGUAUUUUAUAUUGGUGGAAUCGGUAUAUUGUCAGUUAAACAGUGCAGGCAAGUGGCACAUAUUUGAGUAGAGACGGGGUGACAGUUUGACUUUUUGGUUCGGUUAAUACAUUGACAAAUUUUGAAUUUAAGGUUAAGAUUAUAUAUGCAUACUUUUAAUUUCGAUUUUUGGAAAGUUAAUUGCUAUGUAAUUUCAAAGAAUAACAAAAAUCAUUUUUUUUUACAAAAAAUUGUGAACUAAAUAAUGGAAUCAAAAGUCUCUUCUGAAACAGCCAACACUGACAAUGAAGCUUCAUCACUACUAAACGAAGAAUUAUUUGAUAAACAGUCGGAAUAUACUGCUGAUAGAUUUAAUACAAAAUCAGAAUGCAUGCCUAUUGAUUUAAAUAACUUCAAUGUAGAAGACGAAGAUACUCGUUCGGAACUAAAAUUCGAUAUAGCAUCAGAAACGCCUGUCGAAAAAGAGAAAAGAGCAAGAAUUGAAAAUGCACUUCAAAAUGAUAAAUCCAAUUUAAAAGUUUGGCAGAAACUGGCAAUUGAAGAGUAUGGUUUAGUAAAUGAUGAUUUGAGACGUAAAAUAUGGCCACUGUUAUUGGGAGUUGAUCCUGAUCCUUCCGAGCCUGCACCAAGUUUGUCAGAUUUAUCACAUCAUGCAGAGUAUGAUCAGGUAGUCUUAGAUGUUAAUCGCUCAUUGAAACGUUUUCCUCCAGGCAUUCCAUAUAAACAAAGACUUGCAUUACAGGAUCAGUUAACUGUUUUGAUUUUAAGAGUUAUUAUGAAGUACCCUCACUUGCGGUAUUAUCAAGGUUAUCAUGACGUUGCAAUUACAUUUUUAUUAGUUGUUGGUGAAACUGUGGCCUUUAGAAUAAUGGAAGUAUUAAGUACAACUCAUUUAAGAGAGUGCAUGGAACCAACAAUGGAAAAAACAUCUUACAGACUGAAUUUUUUGUAUCCACUAUUACAGAGGGAAGACAAAAAAUUGCACGAUUUUUUAGAAAGUGCAAUGGUGGGGACAAUGUUUGCUCUUCCUUGGUAUUUAACAUGGUUUGGUCAUUCAUUAAAUCAGUAUCGAGAUGUAGUACGACUUUAUGAUUAUUUUCUUGCAUCCCCUCCUUUGAUGCCAUUAUAUACCGCAGCAUCAUUAGUAUUGUACCGUAAGGAUAAAAUAUAUGAAGCUGGUUGUGAUAUGGCAAAUAUACACUGUUUGUUAUCACAAAUACCAGAUAACAUUGAUUUUGAAGAAGUUUUGAGGUGUUCAACGAGAUUAUUUGAGAAGCAUCCACCACACAAGCUAGAAAAAGACGUAAAUAAACGUGUUAAAAGAGAAAAAGAACAGUUAAGAAGAAAAGCAAGGGCACCUUCUUCUUGGUUAGUGUUUCGUAAUUAUAUACCGAACUGGCUACUGCUACAUUAUAGGGGAAAAGUGGGCUUGUUCAUUGCUACGGCAACCGUUCUUUUCGGGCUGUACGCUUAUUUAAACAUGUCAGAGUCUGGACCAUUGUUUUACAAGUAAGCUGUCUGCUUAUUUAUAAAAAUUUAUUGU